CAGCAUACCCAGGUAACCAGCCUGACCACUUUUCUCCCUUAGCUUGAGGCGCCGAUGAAUGAGAGAGUGACUUGCACACUCCGAGUUAAAACAGUGCAUCAUGAACGGAUUACUGAGCGGCUUUGAUUUGCAUCAACGACUGUUUUGUGUCGCAGGUGGCGUCACAGCUGUUGCUGUAUCAGUUGUCAUCGUCAAGAAACUAUGGCCUAGAAAAAAGACGACCUACCCCCGUGACACUGUCAUUCUCCACCAGAUAGGGAGGGGACCCUACGCCCCAAGCUUAUCUCCGUUUAUCGUCAAACUUGAGACCUACCUCAGGAUGGCCAAAAUACCUUAUCAGGUUAGUCAUGGAUGGACUCCAUCUCCAAAAGGUAAAUUGCCUUGGAUCGAAUACAACGGAGAAGUUGUAGCCGACUCCGACAUAUGCAUUGACUUCCUGAACAAGAAGUUCAGCAUAAAUUUGAACAAUCAUCUAACGCCAUUUGAGAGAGCCGUGGCCUUGACCGUGAGGGUCACGAUGGAUGAACAUGCCCUCUUGUGUCACGCCAUGUUUCGUUACGUGUAUGAUCCCGAGGUUGCAGUAAUUAGAGCUAGUAAACUGUUGUUGUGGAUCUUCAAGAGAAAAGUUCGUGCUACCUUGCACACUGUAGGGAUAGGGCGGCACACCAAAGAGGAGGUUGCUCUCUUUCUGGAGCGUGAUCUUCAGGCUGUAUCAGAUAUCUUAGGACAGAAGAAAUUCUUGAUGGGCGACAAACCAUGUGAGGCAGAUUGUGCUGUGUUUGGUCAGCUUAGUCAGUUACACUGGCAUGCGGUGGGAAACGAACUGGAGACCAUACUCAAAGACAAGUUUCCAUCCCUGGCCGCCUACUGUGAAAGGAUGAAGGCGGUGUAUUGGCCGGACUGGGACGACUGUACGACAAGAGGAUUCACUGCCAAAGCCACGAAAUAACGGUACAGCAAGGAAAACAUGUACUUCUGGCCCGAACCUAAUAGAUCAGGUUUCAUGAACAUUUGUCCAUUGUAUAAAGAGCUAUGAAAGAAACCCAAAAGAAAUAUUGGAUAACGGUACUUUCGAAUCAUUUUCGAAUCUGAUGUGUGAAAAGCGAACAACUGUUGUAUGAAAUUAAUGAAAUUCUGUAAAAAGUAUUAUUAUUUUUAUAAAAAAAGAGACAAAUUGCCAAUUUACAGCUGUACUUCCUUUGCCUUUUCAGUUUUUGUGUGUUAAAACUGUAUGUUGGCCAUUGGCCUUGAAUUCAAUACCCAUAAUUGAAUUGAAUUAAAAAUCAUCUGCCCUGACAAAUAGUAUUACUGACCUAAUACUAUAUGUAAAUUUUGUGACAGGAGGCAUGGGUGGUCUCGUCAUCUAUGCCGUGCCUGAAAUCUGUGAUCAUGGGUUUGAUUCUUAGGUUGACCCUGAUUCUGUUUCUAGGUUUGUCAGCACCACACCCGUGAUCCUCGGUCCCUCCAAAGUGGUAAACGUCCAAAACCUGCAUCACUUCGGGUUUUCCUCCCACAUCAAGCUGACACGCAAGGUCGUUAUUGUAACCGAAACACUGCUCAUAUCGACGAUACAUUUUGUGAUAAGGUGUAGCGCUAUUGCCAAAUGAUUAUGAAAACGCAUGCAAUAAUGUUUCUCCUUUUGUUUGUUUGUUUGUUGUUUAACGCAGCACUCGGCAAUAUAUUUACCCUGAAGAUUCGGGUUAGAAUGGGUUAGUUUUUCAACAGCCCAUGCUUGCCGUAAAAAGAGACAAUGCUUGUCGUAACAAACAAACAAACAAUCCAAUGAUUAACAUCAUGAGCAUCGAUUCUGCUCUAGAAUCUGAAAUAAAUGAGGUAUAAUAGGUUUUGAAUCUGAACAUGCGUAGUAGAUAUUUUUGUUUGAUGAUUUAUUGUUGUUGUCACAUUAAAAAACAAGUGUUCUACUUUUGUUCCUAAUAAGUGACUUAGGACUUUUUGAGGCAUAUAAUUGUUUUCAAAAUCAUUGAAACAUCUUUUUCGAUAACGCUUUUAACGCGUGUGAUUAACUAGAGGCAUAUAAUUGGUUUCAAAAUCAUUUUUGAUAACGCUUUUGACGUUGUUAUUUCUUCAUCAAUAGAAAAGUUCAUAAUAAUGUAGUGUUUAUGCUGUAUUUUUAAUAUGUGAAGUUCUGAUUUUACCACAGAAUGCGAUGUAGCUAGAUGCUUAUAUGUACCUGCUUGUAUACUUUGUCAUGUGCAUGUUGAUUAAAGUAAUUUCAUGAUA